AUGCCAAAGACUGCAGUAGCAGCAGCAGCAGCAGCAGCAGGAGUGCACUACUCAUUGUACGAUGCCAAAAGGCCUCUACCCUCCGUGUACAAGAAGCGGGCGGCAAAGGAAUUGGGCGAGAACUCCGAUCAAAUCUCAGCUCACCUGGAAUCGUUUCGACGUUGGCUUGCAUCCAUGCCUCACCUGAAGUGCACCACAGAUGAUGCGUUUUUGUUGGCAUUUUUGCGUCAUUCGAAGUACAACCAUAUGAAAGCACAGCAGCGUCUGGACAAAUUCUGCACCUUUCGCACCUCACCCACUGAAGGCUACCCUCUGUGGUUCGAGGAGCAGGAAAACAAUAGAAAAAUUUGGAGAAAGUUUGUUGACAUGAAGUGCUGGGUGCCACUGGGGUUUACACAUGAAGGCACUGCAGUCGUUUUGAUGAAGAGCGCAAACCUCAAUCUGGAUGCAGUCUCGAUCGCCGAGCUGCAGAGCGCAUCACAUAUAUGGAAUGAUAUGUGUAUAGUUGAUCCCAGAGUGCAGAUUGGCGGUAUAUGCAUGAUCAUGGAUCUGUCGAACAAUAGAAAGGAGGAUAUUAUGCGAAUGUUUGACCCCAAGUUAUCGAAACUUGCAACAAAGUACUUUCAGGAGUGUCUGCCCUUCCGAAUAAAGAAGAUAGUGUACUACAAUGCUCCAAAAGUGUUUGAGACUUUGUUCAAUAUCUACUCCGAGUGGUUAAAUGAGAAAAUCAAAUCACGGACAACGGUGUUGGGCUCCGAUCUUAGCCCCGUUUUCGGUGAGGUUGCGGGUUUGAAAGAGCUGAUGCCCGAGGAAUAUGGCGGUGACAACAAGCUCACCGUUGACGAAAUAUGCGAGAUGACGGCAAAGAUAUUGAAAACACUGCCGGAUGUUGGUGCAACUUUUAGGAUAUCAGUAGACGAGUCGAAGCGCCCGACUGAAUGCAAAACUCAGUUUGGAGUUUACAAAGACCUGUCCUCUGACAUAAUGGGCAAAUCGGGUGUAUUUGUGAAACUGGAUCAGGGUGAGAUUUGA